GUAAUAACUUUGUCACUAAUUUUUGUAGGGGGUUUGAAACAGUCUACUAUUGUGGGGAAUGAUGCUAACUACUUGCAAUAUUUAAGCACCUGGCUCAAACCAGUUGCUCAGAGCAAAUCUUCACGAUGGAAGCGUUGUUGGCGUGCGUCCGUGGAUGGCUGGGCUGCCAGUACUUUUCACAGCGGAUGUGACAACAAAGGACCAACUGUAACAAUAAUAAGAGUCGGCGGAAAAUACAUUUUUGGAGGUUACACCAGCCUCUCAUGGGGUAAGUGGUUUGGUUUUUCUAAAACUGGGCAUUAUUAG